AUGGACGAUUCAGUAUCAUCCAUAUCCAUGAACAGUGAACCUAGAGGGCCACCCGUAGGCCAACACCAGGGCUACGAAGUCCCCGGAAACCCCGACGCCAAACAGGCGUUGCCCUCCGUUCUCAUCUGCGCGUGGAAGUGCUGCUGCUGCGACAACAUCACGCAGUGCAAGGCCGGCAGCUACAGCGUUGAUCCCGCCAAUGCCGCACAGCUCUUUCAAAUCUCGAUGCCACAGUUAAGGCGAGAGAGCCGGACCCCUUCAGGGAUCAGUGUCACGACCGUAGGCAGCCAGAACCUUGUCCUCAGCCGCCUGGUCCCUGCCGGCUGGGAGUGCUGCCUGUGCUCUACGCAGCACUUCCCGCAGACGCGCACAAAUAGAUUCGCCGUGGUCGUCGGGCCGAUGCAGGACGCCGAUUGCAGGUCGAUGCAAGACGACGCCUACAACAACAGAGCCAAUACUACGGCCAGCAACAGCAACAACACAGUCAUGAACACGAACAGCAGCGCCAGACGUUUCCUCCACUACGAGUGCCUCGCGAAGCACUACGACACGGACGACACCGUCGUGGUGUGCCCCGGCUGCCACGUCGUGAACAAGUUCGGCGAGCAGCUCGGGCAGCUCGACGCGGGCUUGCUCCUGGCAGAGCGCAGCCGCGGGCCGCUGGGGCUGCACCGCCAGUGGUGCGCCUCGCAGCUGCAGCGGCGGCAGAUGGUAGGCGCUGCCGAAGAGGAGCUCGGAGAGACGCGGAUGCAGCUGCUCGGCAGCGUCGCGCUGAUCCGCAUCGCCGACGCGGUAAGGAAGGCGAGGGCUAGGCCGCCGCCGCUGCCCCCGACGCUGCCGCCGCCUGAGAAGGGGAGCACGGAGGAGGAGAGGAACGGUAAGAUGAGCCCAAGGAGGAAGAACUUGGCGUGCGGGCCGGGAUUUCGAGCCGGGCACGAUCAUGACGACGACGACACAGUCAUGCUUGAUGAGAUUCACGUCAGCACAAACGCUGGAGGCAGCAGCCAGGAUGAGGAAUGA